AUGUUGAAGCUUGCGGCGACAGUUGUCGCUUUGCUGGGAGCAGCAUACGCCGAGAACGCGUCACUGCCUGUGGUGGACUUGGGCUAUGAGCUCCAUCAGGCAAGCAACUUUAAUGAGUCUUACCGCUUCUACAAUUUCUCCAACAUCCGCUAUGCAGCGCCUCCAUUAGGAGAACUUCGAUUCGCGCCGCCAGCAGCACCAGAAAAGAACCGAUCUUCCAUUAACAAUGGCAGCAUCGGCAGGAUAUGCCCUCAGGCCGGAACAGGUUGGAACUCUGUAGCUGUUCAAUUCCUCACAUCGCGGUUCCUUGGCCUUCCUUUCAACUAUACACAGCCAUAUGUUCCAACCCCAUCGAACCAAACUACCCCGGUGGCACGCCAGGACCCCCGAGCAUCCGAGGAUUGCCUCUUCCUCGAUGUCUUCGUACCUGAGAAGGUCUUCAACUCCACUGGCAAGUCUCAAAGCAACGGUUAUAGUAAUGGCAAGAGCAAAGGCGCACCCGUCCUGGUAUGGAUCUACGGCGGCGGCUAUGUCGGGGGCAACAAGUACACGAACCCAGCCGGGCUCCUCGCAAUGAGCGGCUACAACAGCACUACUAACGGCGAGGGAGAUAUCGUGUAUGUAGCGCUAAACUACCGCUUGGGCGCCAUGGGCUUCACAUCCGGACCUACCUACCAAGCCGAGGGCGGCACCGCCAAUCUCGCGCUCCUAGACCAGAGAUUCGCGCUCGAAUGGGUCAAGAAGAACAUCCACCUCUUCGGCGGCGAUCCUGACCGCGUGACGGUCUUCGGCGAGAGCGCAGGCGGCGGCAGCAUCAUGCACCAGAUCACCGCAUACGGCGGUUCUCAAGGCCCAGCACCCUUCCAACGAGCAAUCCCGCAAUCCCCAGGCUGGCUUCCGGUCUCCUCGCAACUCCAGCAAGAAGAUGCCUUCCAACGCCUCCUGAACUUGACCAACACUACCACCCUCGCUGAGCUUCGCAAGGUCCCCACCGAAGCCCUCAUCCGCGCCAACUCGCUCCAAGUCCUCGAGGCGCCGUACGGCUCCUACAUCUACGGCCCCGUCGUGGACGGCAACUUCACGCCCGCCCAGCCCCCUCAACUCCUAGCCCAAGGCCGCUUCGACAAGGACGUGGAGAUCAUGGUCGGCCACAACACCGCCGAGGGAGUCCUCUUCACGCCCCCGAACAUCAAUUCCACAGCCGACAUAAACCGCCAACUGCGCGGCGUGUUCCCUUACAUCCCCCAGAGAGUCAUCGACUACGUGACCACGGAACUCUACCCGCCCGUGGGCUCCAAGGGCACCAACACCACCGCCAACGUCACAGAACUCUACACGACUGAGUACGACCGCGCGGCCCUCAUCGUCGCCGAGUCCAUCUUCACCUGCAACACGCGGUACCUCACCCUCUCCGCCGACGCCAACAAUGCAUCCUCGUACUCGUACCUCUUCGCCGUCCCGCCGGGCAUCCACGGCCAGGACCUCAGCUACACGUUCUGGGACGGCGGGCCGCUCGCACCGGCCUCCUCGCCCCUGGGCGUCCGCAACGCGACCGUCGCGGCCGCGCUGCAGGGCUACAUCACGUCGUUCACGGAGGAAGGUGUCCCCUCCGCCAACGCGGCGGCCGCAAACGCAGGCGGCGUCAUCGGAGAGUUCCAGACGUACGGGGACGGCGAGAAGGAGGCGCGGGUGCUGCGGAUCAGCGACACGGGCAUCCGGAUCGUCAAGGACUCGAACCAGAACGGGAGGUGCGAUUUCUGGCAGAAGGGGCUGUUUUCCUAG